UUUAGAGACCGAUCAAGAUCGCCAGGAAAAACGACGCCUCCGCUGUGAAAACACCCACCGAGAUGGCCGAGAAGAGCAGAGUCCUGGUGAUUGGAAGCACCGGAAGCAUCGGAAAGUUCAUUGUGGAAGCAAGUGUUAAGUUUGGUCACCCUACCUUCGCUCUCGUGAGGGAGUCCAGUCUCUCCGACCCAGCCAAGGCCAACAUCGCUGAAGGUUUCAAGAGCUUAGGCGUCAAAUUAGUUCACGGAGAUGUAUACGAUCAAGAGAGUCUGUUGACUGCGAUUAAGCAGGUUGAUGUGGUAAUCUCUGUUGUGGCGCAACAACAGGUAGCGAUCCAAGAUAAGAUUGUUGCAGCCAUCAAAGCAGCCGGGAAUAUCAAGAGAUUCUUGCCUUCAGAGUUUGGAAACGAUGGGGAACGUCACCAUGCUGUGGAGCCAGCAAAAACUGUAUAUGAUACCAAGACCAAGAUCCGCCGCCUUGUUGAGGCUGAGGGAAUCCCUUAUACACAUGUGGUUUCUAACGCUUGUUCAGGUUACCACCUUUCGAAUUUGUCACAGCCUGGGGCUACAGCUCCCCCAAGAGAUAAAGUUGUCAUCUUAGGGGAUGGAAAUGCAAAAGAGACUAAUAGAUUAUAUGAGUGUGUCGUGGUUUAUCUUGGCAUAAUAUCACCUAGUGGGCAGAUCGUGAAUGUUCUCUUUAUGUAUUUGGUGGAGGAAAGAACAUAUGGAUGCAUCUGUCUGUUGCUCAUGUCUUUCUGGGAGAGAAAGAUCGGCAAGGGUCUAGAGAGGGCGUAUGUUCCAGAGGAGGAGGUUCUAAAGAAUAUUCAAGAGGCGGCGUUUCCGCAGAAUGUGAUAUUGGCAGUACUCCAUUCUGUUUUCGUGAAAGGAGAGCAAGCCAACUUCGAGAUUAAGCCAUCGUUCGGAGUGGAAGCUUUGGAGCUCUACCCCAAUGUCAAGUACACGACUGUGGAUUAGUAUAUGGAUCAGUUUAUUUGAUUAUCGAACCCGAUUGUGCUUGUUAAAUUUCUCAUAUCGGCUUAAAUCAUAAAUAAUAUAGGAUGCUGCUUCUUAGGAUCCUAGUGUGAAAUGUCGCAUGCCCUGAUCAUCACAUGGCAUGUACAACCCCAAAGUUCGAGGACAUCCUAUGAAGUGCUUGGAGAAAUUUAUUUAUGUUUUGGAGAUUAAUAUUGGGUUCAUGGCCAAGCCGAGCUAGCACAAAGACAUGGAUUUUUCUAUUUUUCUAUAUUGUAUUUUCUUGCACGUCUAAAUGAUUCAAGACAACCA